AUGCGCUCGAUGAUGCGAUUAGAGAGGCUGGUGGUGGAGGAGUGCUGCGAGCUGGUGGCUCUGCGCCUGCCGGUCGGGGAGGGCGUAGGCUGCGCGUCCUUGCGCGCCCUCCCCGCUUCCCUGACUGCCCUGGCUGAGCUAGAGCGGCUGGUGGUAACCAGGUGCACCGCGUUACAGUGGGCGCCGGGGAACGUGGCUCAUAUGCAGGGGCUGCGGGAGCUGAGGCCGGAUGGGUGCAGAACGGUGCUGCUGCCGUCGUCGCUGGUGUGCUUGGGGCGGCUGGAUAGGCUGAUUGUAAUGGGUGAGGUGGGGGAGGGGAUGGGGAUGGCGAUGGGGGACAUUAAUGGUAGCAUGGAUGGCGGCGGCAGCACCAGCAGCGGGUGUGUUACAACCAUGGAAGGUGCUGCUGAUAGGUGUAGCACUCGAGCUAGUGGCAGUAUAGAUGGUGCUGCCAUGGUUGCAGACACACUAAGCAAGGGCGGCAGCUCCAAGGGCUCUGCUGCUGCUGCUGCUGCUGCUGCUGCUGCUAGCAAAGCCGCUGCUGGUGGUGGUGGGGGUGGCGGGGGUGAAAGAGGGGCUGCAGCCCUUCUCCUCCUUCCUCCCCUCGCCGCCCCUCGCUCUCCCCCCCGGCAUGGGCCAUCUGGCGCAGCUGAGCUUGCCUCCUUGCCUGACCUCCCAUGUGGUGCAGUUGCUGCUGGUACUGAUUCCUCUUGCUGCUGUGGUUGCCCCUCCUCCUCCUCCUCCUCCUCCUCCUCCUCCUCCUCCUCCUCCUCCUCCUCCUCCUCCUCUUGCUCCUCCUCCUCCUUCAAAACCCCUUCUCCCACUGCCCUUAACGGUACUUUCUUCCUCCACCUCACCAACCUGAGAGACCUGCAGCUCGACUCCUGCCUCUCCCUUUCCUCCCUCCCUGCCUCCCUCUCCUCUCUCUCUCCUCCCUCAACCGCCUCCACCUCGCCUUCUGCUCCUCCCUCUCCGCCCUCCCGCCACGCCUCUCCUCCCUCGCCCACCUCCGCUCCCUCAACCUCCAAGAAGAUCCCCCUUCCGCAUUCCCCCUUCCGCAUUCCCCCUUCCGCAUUCCCCCUUCCGCAUCCCCCUUUCCCCAUCCCCCUUUCCCCAUCCCCCCUUCUGCAUUCCCCCUUCCGUAUUCCCCCUUCCGCAUUUCCCCUUCCGCAUCCCCCCUUCCGCAUUCCCCCUUCAGCAUUCCCCCUUCCGCAUUCCCCCUUCCGCAUUCCCCCUUCCGCAUACCCCUUGCGCAUUCCCCCUUCCUCAUUUCCCCUUCCGCAUUCCACCCUCCUCAUCCCCCCUUCCGCAUUCCCCAAUCCGCAUUUCCCCCCUUCCGCAUUCCACAGUCCUCAUUCCCCCUUCCGCAUUCCCCCCUCCGAAUCUCCCAUUGCGCAUCCCCCCUUGCGCAUUCCCGUUCCGCAUUCCCCCUUUCGCAUUUCCCUUUCCCCAUCCCCCCUUCCGCAUUCCCCCUUCAGCAUCCCCCCUUCCGCCAUCCCACCUUCCGCAUCCCCCCUUCCGCAUUCUCCCUUCCACAUUCCCCUUUCCUCAUUUCCCCUUCCGCAUUCCAUCUUCAUCAAUCCCCCUUCCGUAAUCCACCAUCUGCGUUCCCCCUUCCGCGUUCCCCCUUCCGCGUUCCCCCUUCCGCGUUCCCCCUUCCGCGUUCCCCCUUCCGCGUUCCCCCUUCCCCGUUCCCCCUUCCGCGUUCCCCCUUCCGCGUUCCCCCUUCCCCGUUCCCCCUUCCGCGUUCCCCCUUCCGCGUUCCCUCUUCCGCGUCCCCCCUUCCGCGUUCCCCCUUCCGCGUUCCCCCUUCCAGGUUCCCCCUUCCCCAUUCCCCCUUCCGCGUUCCCCCUUCCGCGUUCCCCCUUCCCCAUUCCCCCUUCCACGUUCCUGCCUCAAACUCACUCCCUCGUGCUUCUUGCCUCAUAG